AUGAAUGGAAUACGCCCAUCUCUAGUCGACGUUAGGCAGAUCCUCGGGCCAACUCAGGUCUUCGCAUGCAUCUCCGCCAUCCUUGCCUUGAAAGCCGUUCUAUUCUUCGUUUCGUACCUCAGAGCACGUCGGCAGUUCCCUGGACCUCCGAUAUCCAGCAUAUGGUCGGGAAAUCUCUCCGAAACGAUGACCGACGAUGUUCACGAAAAGUGGCGAGCAUGGCAUAGAACGUACGGACCUGUCUUCCAAACAUGGAAUGGUCUCUUCUCUCGUGUUGUCUAUAUAGGAGAUCCGACCCUUAUCAGCAAGAUCGCAAACAGCAAUUGGCCCAAGUUUCCGGCCCAGUACUCUGGCUUCAAGCCACUGAGCGGAUCGGCACUGUUCGCUCAGAUGGACCAGGAGCGAUGGAAACAGCAACGCAAAGGACUAGCUCCAGCGUUCCAGCCUGCAACGGUCAGCAACCAAUAUUCGGCGUUGCAUAAAUAUCUGACGAAAUUUGUAGAAGAAAUCGACAAAGCAGCAGAGCGAGGAACUUCCGUCGAUCUUUCAACUCUUCAUGUCCUCUUGACCCUCGACUUUGUCGGCGACGUAGCUUUUGGAACCGAGCUAAAUGCAAUUAGAGACGGAGCGGAUUGUCGUAUCUUGCAAAUAUUCCAUGAUGUUCUUCCAGAGUUGAUGAAGUGUGGUCUGUUCCCGCUUCGUGCAAAGGUUCCCAUCUUGGACAGUACAAGACGCAUGCAUCGGGGGAUUCGGGAACUACGAGCCAUGGCUCACAACUCCGUUGAAGAUGCCAGGUCGGCGGAUAACAAGGCAGACAUUGCGUCUGGUAGUAAAAGGAUUUUCGAAAUUCUUGCCCAACAGUGCCGCGCGGACGGUACAUAUUUAUUCUCUGCUGAAGAGUUGGUUGAUAACUACGUGACCUUCCUUGUAGCUGGAGGUGAUCCAACUGCACAUACGAUGACAUUCGCUGUCAACGAAAUUCUCAAGAAACCAAAGGUCCUCGCCAAGCUUCGUGCAGAACUCGACGAAGUACUUCCUCCGGAUUGCGAGAUUCCUACAAUCGAACAGGUAUCAAGCCUACGAUAUCUUCACCUCAUUAUCAAGGAAACACUUCGUCAUAACGGACCUGGCUUCGGAACAUUCAGGUAUACACCAAAGGAUACGGAGAUUAACGGAGUGACGCUGCCAGCGAACACGACCCUCGCGUUAUGGAACCCGCAAGUGCACCGUGAUCCUCAAUUGUGGGGUGCAGACGUAGAUGAGUUUGUCCCUGAGCGUUGGGAAACAGGGAAAGCACCCCUUCCAGGAUCUUAUUUCCCAUUCUCUUAUGGACCUCGUAAAUGCCUGGGAGAAGGACUAGCUAUGCUUGAGAUGUCCUUGACUCUCGCGACUCUAUUCAAGCGAUACGACCUAGAGUUUCAAGCAGGUUUCUCCAUGGAAUAUCUGCCAUCUUUUACUUUGUGCUCGAAAAAUGGCCUACCUGUAAAAUCCCAACAGCGGAAGUAG